CGGAACCUCGCGGUAUCAGUCCGCGCGCGGCUCGAUACCGAUGCGGCUGCUCUUCGCCCGGCCGAGGUGGGGGCGAUAAGGAGUCAACGUCGAGAUCGCCGAAAUCGGAAUCUCGGGAAAGCACGGAGCGCGAUAAGAGGUUCCACGGUUCCACGGUUCCACGGUUCCACCGUGGCCGAUAGCGGCGCCCCUUGACCGAGUCGGCCGGAGGACGGACCUCGGAGGGGGGCGGGCGGGAGUGGCGCGAGCGCUCGGAAGGGAGAGGAGAAAGGUGCCCGGGUCCCGGGUCCCGGGGCCCUCUCGCGCACCUGUCCUCCUCUACCUGGCUCGCCCCGCCCAGACCAAUGGACGGCCUCCCGGCCCCGUGACGUCGCCUCGGGCGCCGGGGGAGGGGGCGGCGACCGCGACCCGCGAGGAGAGGGCGCCCGAGAGAGAGCGCCGAGGGGGAGCGAGAGGACCGAGAGGCCCGGGCCCCUCGGAGAAACGCCGAAGCCAUCGGACAUUUCCCACCUCCGGGUCGUCCGGAAAACGUGUCCGAGUCGGUCCAGCGGCGAGUCGGUGCGCGCUUCGGCAGCGGAGACUUCCGUCCGGUCAGGGUGCUCGAGAGGGCUCGGGAGUGCUCGAGGGUGCUCGAGGGUGCUCGAGGGUGCUCGAGAGUGCGGGCGGCGCGGGCCGCGCGGUGAUGUAGGGCCGGUCCGGGACCGGUGAUGCCCCCGCGAGUUCCGCGCGGAGUGACCCCGGUCCGGGGCGAUACGCGGCCAAGAUAGCGCCCCGGUGAGCAUGGUGCGCCCGCCGCAGGCGGCCCGGGGCAGUCCUCACCACCGGAGGGCGCGCGCCCUCCUCUGGGUGCCGCUGGUGCUGCUGCACUUCUGGAUGCCCCUCCUGGACUCGGGCCUCGCCCUGGCCUGCGGCCCCGGCAGGGGCGGAGGCCGCAGGCCCACCCUGCGCAAGCUCACGCCCCUCGUCUUCAAGCAGCACGUGCCCAACGUCAGCGAGAACACCAUCCCGGCGAGCGGCCGCAGCCUGGGCCGCGUCUCCAGGCACGACUCCAGGUUCCGCGACCUCGUGCCCAACUACAACUCGGACAUCGUCUUCAAGGACGAGGAGGGCACCGGCGCCGACCGCCUCAUGACUCAGAGGUGCAAGGAGAGACUCAACACCCUGGCGAUCUCGGUGAUGAACCAGUGGCCGGGAGUGAAGCUGAGAGUGACGGAGGGCUGGGACGAGGAGGGGAAGCACGCGCCCGAGUCGCUGCACUACGAGGGUCGCGCCGUCGACGUGACCACCAGCGACCGGGACCGCUCCAAGUACGGGAUGCUCGCCAGGCUGGCCGUCGAGGCGGGAUUCGACUGGGUCUACUACGAGUCCCGCUCGCACAUACACUGCUCCGUCAAGUCGGAGUCCUCGACUCCGGGCAAGUCGGGUGGCUGCUUCCCGGGGAGCGGGCUGGUCAGGCUGGAGGAUGGCACCAGGAAGAGGCUGGACCGGCUGCGAGUGGGCGAGCGGAUCGCCGCCCUGGACUCGAGAGGGGACCUCGUCUACAGCGAGGUGAUCGCCUUCCUGGACCGCUCGCCGAAGGAGAGGCGGCAGUUCGUCCGGCUGACCACCGCGUCCUCGAGGGAGCUGACGCUGACCCCGUCCCACCUGGUGCCGGUGGAGGGCGGAGGCAGCGUCUUCGCGGCCAAGGUGCUGCCCGGCGACCGGGUGCUGGUCGGCGACGGCGACCGGGCGGACGAGCUGCGGUGGGACCGCGUCGUCGGGACGGAGCUGGUCCUCCGGGAGGGCGUCUUCGCCCCGCUCACCUCGGAGGGGACGCUGCUCGUGGACGACGUGGUGGCCUCCUGCUACGCCGUGGUCGAGAGCCAGAGCGUCGCGCACCUGGCCUUCUUCCCCGUCCGGGCGUGGAACGCCCUGGCGCGAGUCCUGCUCGUCUGGCGGGCCGCCGACCCUCCGGUCGACUCCUCCCCGAGGUCGGACGGGAUCCAGUGGUACGCCUCGUUGCUCUACUCGAUAUCGCCUUACGUGCUGCCCGCCAAGAUGUUCUACUAGCGAGGGGCUUCGCCGGAAAUGGAAGCGGACUGGCUACGUCCGCGUUUUCGGGAGCGACCGCCUCGGGCGGAGGAAUCCCGCCGAGGAAUUUGCCCGCCUCGGUGGAGCCGUUCCCGGUCGGGCCCGGCCAGCGAUCGGAUUCCUCGCGAAAUCCUACGACCGCGAGCCUUCUCUUCGUCCUUCGCCGAGGAGUGUCGGGGGCUCGAUCCUCCACCCGAUUUUCCCCCCGAAUUUCUCCCCGUGCGCCGUCGAGCCGGAAGCUCGCGUUUUCUUGAGGAAUGCGCGCGGCGAGAGAGCGGCAAGCUUUACGGGCAGCGAGAGGACGCUGACGGACCCUCGAAGCUUUGAGAGAUAGCAAAUAUAUAUACGUUUGAAUAUAAAUAUAUAAAUGCAAAUAUAUAUAUAUAUAUAAAAAUAUCGUGUAUAAUAUAUACAUAUAUGACUGUAUGUAAUUAUGUAUUUCUAUGUACUUACUUAUACUACGCACGUGGGUCGCGUCCGAGCGCGACGCAGUCGCGGAGCCGACCCGUUAUCCGACAAGUUCAGACUAAAGGCGGUCCCGGGAUCGCGCGAAAACGAACAGUAUUACGACAGAUCGUCGGGCGACUGUCGCGUCGCACCGGGACGCGCCCUCGUGCGUCUCGACCCGGUCCCGGAGGACGGCCUCGCUCCCGGCCCCGUUCCCCGCGAACGCUAAAUUUCGGAACCCCUCCGGGAACUUGCCUCCGAGAGGAACCGUUCCCCCUCUCCCCCCCGAAGAGCCCGAAGAGAGCUCGGGGACGUUAUCGUAACGUUCUCGCGCGAUUGCGGCGUGAAAUAAUCGUUACCGCGCCGUGGAAUGUACAGAGACCGCGAUAAAGCGUUAUCGCCGAGUCAAAAGUGACGCGGAAUAUCGCGACGGGUCGCGGCUAAUCCUCGGAAGUACUUGGCACGGUGCGACGCGUUAUCUGGAAACGCGAUGUCAUCGAUGUUAAUUCUGCAACCGCGCAUCGCCGCGAUGAUGCGCGAUACGAGAGUCGGGAUAUCGUCGCCGUCGGAAACGGCGAGGAACGUCGAGAUGGGCCUCGGGCUGAUCUCGAAAAUAUUUUUUUGCCGCGCGGGGCGUUAUCCGUAAUCGCGACCUCGCGAGUCCCGAGCCCGGGGCAUUCUUUCGCGAAGCCCGCGUUAUCGGUAUCUCCGGAACGCCGCGAAGUAUCGAAAUUGGGUCGCGGCCGAUCCUCGGCGAGAUUUCGUUGGCGGAGGAAUACGUUUGUACAUAGCUCGGAGUGCACGUCUUCGUAUUCGUCGGUAAACGCGUUUACGUCGCAACGUAGGAAAGUAAGUCGCGAUAUUUAUCGAGCAAUCGACGGCCCUCGGUGUACAGAGCGUCGCGUACGCAAAUUACGCCUCGUCUCGUCGGUACCACCGAAGUCGACGAUAUCAUCGUCGCCCCUCUCACCGUUCUAGGAAUUUUACGUCGAUUCCCUUCCCACCCUCGGAAGCUAUCCCGUAAUAUUUUAUAUUAUUUUAUUAUUAAUAAUAUUAUUAUUUGUAGUAAUUCUUACUUGUACGUAGGGCAAAACGAAUUAUAAAUCUUGUAUAUAACGUCGACGAACCGAUCAUUACACCUUUUAAGAAGACCUCACCGUCUGCGUUGUUACUCGAGAACCCGUCCCGAUCCGGCCGACUGGCGAACAACGAGGACACGGGGUAACGUCGACCCGUGGGCUCCUUCCUCUGUUUCCAUGACUUGCCGCGUUCCCCGGAAAAGCGAUCCCUCGAAAUGGCGGAGCCCCUCGCCGACGAGGACGACGACGUCGAAGGGCGGCACGGCCCUCCGCUCUCGGCGUUCCCCGCGGCCGACAAGGAGUUCUUCGACUUCGUCGAGAACGGCUCCGUGGACGACGUGCGGAACUUUCUCGACGCCAAUCGCGACUUCGACAUCGACGUCGUCAACUUCCAAGUGAGCGCGCUUCCCUUCGGCCCGGAUUCCUCCCUCGACCGUUCGAACGUCCGUAAAUCCCUCCGAAUCAGAGGGCGACCGGGGAGCCCCGACGGAAGCGAACCCAGCCUUUGCCUCCGCUAUCCUCGAUCUCACCCCGCAAAGGAAGGCGACGCGUACCCCCCGUGGAAUGUCCGGGUCCCGCUCUCCUCUAUCUGCGGCCAUAUUUCAGGCCGCGCUUUACAAGACAAUGGUUUCAAGCGAGCGGCGAUAAAAAUUAUUCAAACGGCCGCCGCAGUAAAUUCCGCCCACCGGGCCGCCGUUUGCUCCCGUUUCCUCGGCCUCCUCGC